UCUUGGUUCUUUCCUCAGACCUCUCAUCACGUCUCCAAGGCACCAACUAUCCGAUAUUUUAAUUCUUCUUCUUUUUUACAUCACCUGAAUAUCACAAUCUUGUUUGUCAUUCAACAAAACACUUCUACAUUUCAAUGGCUUCUUCUUCUUCUUCUAUAUCUACUUCUUUUACCCCAUGUUUCCUUUUGUUUGCUUGUCUCUUCCAUUUUUCUUCAGCUACAAGUAGAAGUCUUAAUGAGUACGUCAAAGAGAAACCAGCUAUGCCAUUACAAUACCAUAACGGUCGACUUCUUUCUGGUCAAACUUCUGUUAAUCUCAUCUGGUAUGGAAACUUCAAGCCUUCCCAAACAGCCAAUGUGUAUAGAUUCUUCAAUGAAUUUUUUACUUUCAAUAGAACUCAAACUAUUUCCACACGGUUGAAGCAAAACUUAUUUAUUCCUGCUUAUUCUUUAGGGAGACAAAUCUUUGAUACCAAUUACUCAUUGGGUAAUUUUUUAACUGAUGACAAAAUUGCUAGAUUAGCAACAUCAAUAGGUACGGUGCUGAGUAAUAAUGCUAUUAAUGUAGUGUUGACUUCAGCUGAUGUUGCCGUUGACGGAUUCUGUUCAAGCAGAUGUGGUUCUCGUGGAUCGUCAUCUUCAACUUCAACGAAAUCCCAAUUUGCUUACAUUUGGGUAGGAAUUUCCGAGGAUCAGUGUCCUGAAAAAUGCGCCUCUCCGUUUCUUCAACAGAUAUGUGGUAUUGUGACUCCUGCUGGAAUGACUCGGCUUCUAAGUUUGGCUAGUGCAUUAGUCCUAAACUUGCGCCCUUAAGAGGUAUAUAUCUCGGCUUGUACUAGGAAGAAAAUUUCUUACAACGCAAAUGGUAUCAAUGAAAGGAAGUUUUUGUUCCCAGCUUUGCUUGAUCUUUCUGCCUCUAUUUGCUCUAAUUUGGUCUAAAAUAAAGCCAAGGUGUGUACUUUCUGUAUA